GGUUAAGCGGUGUUAUCGACUUUCCUCUCCCCCAGGAUAAAUAUGUAAAUCCUUAUAACACAGUGAUAGCAUUUGAAUUAUUAUACAUACUGACAUAACAAUCUUCAGAUCUUCAAAAUAUAUAAAUACAAUUGAUUUUGCACACUCUGCCAGUAACAUACCCCUACAUCGUAGCAUUACAAUAUAAUGACUAUUAUUGGGUCCCGUGUAGUUUCAUACCUCAAGUACUUCUUUCUAGUGGGCGAAGCAUAACUAUUUUUGCACAUGUCAAUCCUAACCCCCACCUGACUACUCCAUCCAAAAAUUACGUAUGUACAUUAUAUAUAAUCACAUUAUAAAGCUUGCCAAAGUAUACCUACAUUGCCCGAAAUGGCAUCUGCGUCGUCGAUAAAGAACUCACUAACGGCAGCGAUCUCUCUCAUAUUGGGAUCGUUGCUUGCUUUUGGAUGAUGGAGUCAGGUGGAGGUUAGGAUUGACAUAUGCAAAAAUUUUUAUGCUACGCCCACUAGAACUACUUGAGGUACGAAACUACACUAGUAUUUUAUAUUUAAACUUGCUUUAUUAAGCUAAGCAUAAAGCUAUAAACCAGUAGAGUUACAGAAUGACAAUGACUUCUGAAAAUGAUGACAUAGAUUUUGGGAAGCUUGAAAUAGAAUUGGAAAACGCUAUUGCAAAAGAUGAAAAAUAUCAAAGGGAAAACGAUGCCAAAUUUAGAGCAGUUCAUCAAAAAGUCGCCUCAUAUGAUGAAUUCCGAGAUAUUGUUCUUGCAUCACAUCUUAAACCUUUGGAUAGGAAAGAUAUUAGUGGCGGAAUGAAAUAUCAAGCCUGGAACACAUUAGCUUCUGCAAAAUCCCAAUCACCAUCUGACAUUGAUGUAACUGAGACAGUUAACUCAUUCAAAAUGCCUAAAACUUCUGCAGAAUUUGAUAAAGUUUGGAAACAUACUUGCAAAUCACCGGCACAAAAGUUUGAUCUUCUAGGUAAAAUUGGAUCUGAUAAAUUAAAAGAUUUGUUUAAAACGGAAUGUCCUCUUGGGGAAAUUAUCUCAGUUAUAAAAUCUGCAGCUUCAUUUCCGAAAGAUUGUGACAUUGUUUUGGAAAUUUUCGAUGUCAUGAGUAAUACAAAAAGAUUUUUACUUUCAUUAGACUUCCUUGAUAAAAAUGAAAGGAAUGAUCUGAAUGAAAUUUUAGCAGAACUCAAAGUUAAUAUUGACAAUAAUGAAAAUUCAAAAAAGUAUGAUUAUGUUUCAGUAAAAUAUAACUCAAGAUAGUAAUUAGACACAUAAAAAAUUUCAUUGUGAUUUCAUCUGAUUGUAUUGUUUUAUAAUUAUCUUGCAUUUAGAUUUAGUUCAUUAGAGAGACUGAUUACAAUGAGAAAAUAUUUUAAAAUUUCAACUUAGUUUGAUUUUACCUCUUUGGCAAUUCUGAAAUACAGUACUUUAUACAUGUAUUUUGUCACCUGGAUAUUUCAGGAUUGAUUUAAAAAAAAUAUGUAUUAUGAUAAAAUGUAAUUCUUACAAGAAACAAUCUGCAAUCCUUUUGAUCUUAAUAAUGAAACCCACUAUAGCUUAUAGUAAUCAUAUCUCAUUAAUGCACUACUGUUCAAAAUCCUUUGAUUAAUGAUACAUUUAUUGAUUUAUAUAGGUUUGUCACUAUAUUAUUGAUAUAUAGUGUUAAUCACGUCUUUGCACCUUAUAAAUAUGCAUAAGAGCGGGAUUAUGCCACUCUGAAUAUAGUUGAUCCGGUUGAAUAUGCUACACCUGUUCUUUGUUAUUGUCAUUCACAGCUUGUAUUUUUGCAUGUAGGUGUGUAAUAGGAGGUAGUUGAGAGUUUGAAUGCAUCUUAAAUUAUAUCUUCAUGAUUAUUUGAUUUUUUGAAAAUAGGAAAGCUAUUUUUGUUAUGUAUGUUCUGUUUUUUUUUAUAUAUUUUCUAG